AUGUCUUGGGCGGAUCUCGUUAACAAUAAUUUGGUCGGCUCUGGUAAUGUCAGCAAAGCAGCUAUAUGUGGCUUUGAUGGUUCCAUUUGGGGCAAAAGCGACAACUUCAAGAUCACAACGGAGGAAGCGGCUGCUGCCGGCCGAGGUUUUGCAAACAAGGAUGGCUUAUUAGGCACCGGUUUGAAAUUCGAAGGAGAGAAGUACUUUGUGUUAAAUGCCGACGAUGAUCGAGUAAUUGGCAAGAAAGGGUCACAAGGUUUCUUUAUCUACAAAACGGGACAAGCUGUCAUCAUCUCAAUCUACGAAGGCGGUGUUCAGCCAGAAGCGUGUAGCAAAACUACCGGAGCUCUCGCCGAUUAUUUCAAAAGCAUUAAUUAUUGA